AUGAAUGAUGCUAGAUGCAACAACUACAUCAAGAACUACGACCCCAAAGAGUUUAGGUACUGUUCCCAGUAUCACAACUGCAUCCAACAAGGCUGCGCAAACCAGCGCAACCACCCCAACGGCACCGACUACAGAUACUGUGCAGACCACCGCUGCGACCACCAAGACUGCACGAACCCGAAAUCCCCUCCAUCCUCCUUCUGCGCCUCCCACACCUGCGCCGCACCCUCUUGCCUGGCCCGCAGCCCCGGCGCGACAGGCGACGCCCACGACCCCUCCCGCCACUGCGACCGCCACCGCAUGUGCGCCACGCCCGGCUGCCGGCGCUUUGCCCACGUCAACGAGCACGGCGUCCCCUCGGCCCACUGCGGCGAGCACCACUGCCGAUUCGAGCAGCAGCCGCCGUGCGGCAACGCGAGGGCGGCGGGCGCCGGCGAGGGGACGUGCUUGGCGCAUACCUGCGAGGAGAGGGGCUGCGGGAGGAUCAAGACGAGGUACAUGCCGGACGCGGGCGGCGUGGCGGGACGGUAUUACCUGGCAACCCGCUGCCGCAGAGCAGGUUGCGACGCCCGCGUCGUGGAAGGGGGUACCCUCUGCCUAGACCACACCUGCCGAGACCGCAGCUGCCAAAACGAGCGGUCCGUCCUGGGCCGCUACUGUACCGACCACAAGUGCUCCGUCCAGGGCUGCCAGCAGCUCCGCGAGACGGUCGUCCUGUCGCAGACGAUGAUGAUGCUGGGCGUGCUGAGCCUCAACCUGCCGCUGUCGCCGUACUGCCGGGCUCACGUGUGCGGUCAGGAGGGCUGCGCGGAGCCGGCGGCGGGCGGCGUGAAUGGGGGUGCCUCCGGACCCUGCGAGUAA